UGGGUGUGUCACCGAGAGUGGGAGGGCCACCUCACGAUCCAGGAAGACUACCUGAGCACCUGUCGCUGUGCGCUUCAUAGGCAAGUGUGUGAAGUGAGGGACAGCACUGAUCCACGUCAGAGGAAAACAUGCAGAGCAUAAGCUCCCCGAGAGGCCGGGUCCUCUCCGAGGACCAGUUCAGCUGCUCCAUCUGUCUGGAGGUGUUCGUGGAGCCCGUCUCCACGCCCUGCGGCCACAGCUUCUGCAAGGCCUGCCUGCAGGGCUACUGGAACCACAGCAAGAGGUUCUCCUGCCCCAUGUGCAAGAAGAGCUACUCCAAAAAACCAGAGAUGAGCGUCAACAGGGUCCUGGCUGAAAUAUCCUCCCAGUUUCAGGGGCUCAUGAUGGCUGGAGGGGCCGGUGGGGAUGGAGGGGCUGCCUCACGGGGAUCCACGCUGAACCUGAGCUCGGAUACAGGCCACAGUGGCUCUCUGGGCCCCGACACAGGAGAGUUUGCCCGGGCUGGGGAGGUUCCCUGUGAUGCUUGUAUUGGGAGGAAGUUAAAGGCACACAAGUCCUGCGUGAGCUGCCCUGGAUCAUUCUGUGAGACCCACCUAAGACACCAUAAAAAGGUGAAGUCUCUGAUGUCUCAUCGUCUGAUCGAACCCACUUUCCACCUGGAGGAGAAGAUCUGUAAGAAACACGAACGUCUUCUGGAAGUCUACUGCCGCACCGACCACACCUGCAUCUGCACGGCCUGCGCUGAGGCCACGCACAAAUCGCACGACAUCGUCUCCAUUGACCACGAGUGGAAGAAGAAGACGAGUAACCUGGGGAAGAAGAGAUCGGAGCUGAAACAUUUGAUCAAGGAGAGAUCCAAGAAACUGGAGGAGAUCAAACAAUCCAUCAAGGUCAUCAAGGCCAGUGCUCAGAAGGAGCUGGAGGAGAGCUGGCAGGUGUAUGCCGAGCUGCAGCGUCUGGUGGAGCAGUGUCAGGCGGAGCUGGUGGAGCUGAUUGCCACUCGACAACGCGAGGCGGAGCGCCAUGCUCAGGAACUGGCUCGAGGUUUGGAGAACGAACUGAGCCAGCUGAGGAGGAGGAGCAACGAGCUGGAGGCCUACGCGCAGACCCAGGACAAAGUGGUCUUCCUUCAGAAUCUGGCGACGCUGCCACCCGUGCCCGAGCCCACUGAUUGGUCAGCGGUCAGCAUCAACACUGACCUUUACCUGGGAACCAUCCGCUCCUCCGUCAGCGGCCUCAUGGACAAGUUCCAGGAGGAGCUUAAAAGGCUGUACGGGAAAGAACUCCGGAAGGUGCAGAACUAUUCAAGUGAGGUGAUUUUGGACCCUGGCACAGCCCAGAGGAACCUGGUUGUGUCCGAAGACGGUCGCCAGGUGAGGUAUGAAGAGCGUAAGACCUCCCACUCUGAGGGUCCAAAGCGUUUCAGCCCCGCCCUCUUCGUCCUGGGCCGAGAGGGCCUCAGCUCCGGGCGUCACUACUGGGAGGUUGACGUGGGGCGCAAGACGGCCUGGACCCUAGGUGUGGCCCGGGCUUCAGCCCGCCGCAAGGGUGAGAUCAAGCUGAGUCCUGAGGGUGGGUACUGGUGUCUGUGGCUGAAGAACGGGGAAGUGAAGGCUCUGGCGACGACUCGCCUGCCUCUAAUGCUGUCGUCCCAACCCGGUAAAGUGGGAAUCUUCCUGGAUUAUGACGGAGGCCAGAUUUCUUUCUAUGAUGUGAAGGCGCGUCUGCAUCUCUACACUUUUGUUGAUACCUUCAGUGAGAGCCUGUACCCGAUCUUCAGCCCCUGUCUCAUCCAGGAGGGGAAGAACACCUCUCCUCUCAUUAUAACCCCUGUUAAACAUACCUGAGACAGUCAGUCAGCAUUAGGUUAAACCAUAUAACAUGUUGGACAGAACAGGCUUGGUGCAAAGUGCAGAUACUUCAUUUUAAACAGAUAAUUAUGUUCUCUAUUUGGUCUUAAAAUACAAUGUUUUUCUUGAAAUAAUUCUCUCAAUUUUACUUGUUUGUAUAGCACUUUACCUCACACAACUUGAAAUAAAAAAGCAAGUUAUUUGCACAUCAAAACUACACACAACAACACUCUCUUGUCAUAUGGGCAGGUUAUUGAAUUUGUUCAAACAAAAUAAGGUUCUAUCCUGUUAAGUAUCCUGUUACCUGUGUGUGUUUGGGUUAUAGGAAAACAAAAUGUAAUAUAUCUGGUACUUGACUGACUACAUAUUACAGAGAAACGACUUUACAAUUGGGUUACUCUUAAGUAACCGAUAGUUCCAUCAUAGUGUAUACUCUCAUCUCAAGCUAUAUCUGAAAUAAACAAGAAGGACAUGAUGGGGUGAAAACCUGUGAAGGACUAAAGUGAAUUAAAGGCCAACUCUGACCUGUGGUUCUGCAGCCCUGGUUUAGUUGGACAUGUUAAGGAGACAUUUGAAUUUGAGUAAUGCUGUACUACUGGCACUUUCACUUUCUGUCUAAGUCUUUGUUUAACUGUAACUGUAAGGAUUUGGAGACCUUACAGAUUAAAACAAUAAAGUUCAUAGAUGAAUGUAAUGUCUAGAGGUUUAAGCUUGCCUGGGGAACCAAAUGAAGACUUUUUUGUACAUACUGUAGGACCAUGACAUUGUUUGCAAAGGGCAUUUUUUUUUAAAACUCAGACUUAGGAUUGUUUUAAGGUCCAUGGAAACUAUAAUGUUCUGUAUUUUUAUAUUAAAUGUUUGCUUUUGUACCUUCUUUCUGAACCUUCUUGUUCAAUAAAGAUGAUCAGUCAAAAAUA